AUGCUCCAAAGGGAACAAUCAGUAGCAGGAUGGCCCACCCGAAGGGCUCAGCGCUGCUUGGCAUGCGCUGUUAUUUUUGCUGUAAUUAUGAUAUAUGCCAUCUGCGAAAAACAAGCAUGGUCACGAACCAUCGAACUGCAGUUGGAUUCCCUCACUGAAGAAUACUCUUACGGUUCGUCACCUGAAGCGGGCAUGCCAUCUCUUCCAUUCAAGGACGACUCGGUUCGAAAGUCAACGGAACAGCCUUUCUUUGACUUGCCCUAUUACGAAGACACCGAACAGCAAGGCGAAGUCACAUCCUGA